AUGAACCUCCAAGAGCAACGUGUCUGGUGUAGGUCAGACAGUGUCGCAGAGUGCCCAACUUCCGCCAUCUUCCACCGAUUACCUUUACCUCAAUGCGACCCCGCAAGAGUGACAAAAUUUGAACACUCGGAAUCCUUGAGCGAAUACGUAUGCUGUUCGGUGUUUGGCAUCAGGAUCCUUUUCGGCGAUAUGUUCCAAGGUUCUUGGGGCAACUACGAGAAACUUGUCCGUAUGUUUGAUGACAUCUUUGUUGGACGGGUUAGACAGGAUUCCUAUGCACCGGGUUGGAGCUGCUGCUGUCGGCCCCGACCAGGGCUCAAGUGGCAAUGGUGUCUGGCAGAGGUUGAACACAUGUCGAUUGUUUUCAACCUGACUAUUUCACGUGAGCGUACUAGGGUGGAUGCUAGCCGCGUUGUGCUCCUUGCUAUCGCCUUUAAACCUAUUUCCUCAACCGCCAACACCAUGCUGUGCACCACAAAUAAAGUUGCGUUCAAAAGGUCACCGCUCACACAUCUCUCCGUCCUACGCUCAACGACGGCAGCGCCUCGUCGUUCCAUGGCCAAGGAUCGCAAAAAAGAGAACAAGAGGCUUUUGCAAGAGCUCGAGAAAACAAAAGGCCUACUUGCUGCUGAAAAGGCGAGCAAGGCUAAUGCUCAUUCAAAUUCAGUACCAAGGCCUCGAGGAGCUGCUGAUGAGAAUGGUGGACGAUAUCUUCGGCUCACACGCUUGGCUAUAAGAUACAUUACGGAGCAUCUUUCAAGUUUCUAUAAGGUGAUGGAAGCAAAAGCUGGGAUUCAAAACGACAUCAAGCUUCUUUGUAGGAUCCGUCGUAGUCGGCCAACUGACGACAUGAUACAGCAAUACCUACUGAAUUGCCGAGAUCGCCAACGUCGUGAUGUCAAGGCGGAGAAGCAAGAGGAUGAUGACGAUGAAGAUGAGUUUAUGGGUGGCUGUGACGAUCAAGAUGAGGGUAGUCCCGCAUCGACGAAGGGGAAGGGAGUGCAAAUAGUAGAGAGCAAGGAAAGUGGUGAGGAGGGACCGGUUGAUAUGAAGGGGGAGGGGAAGUUGAUGGUUGCAAAGAGGAACGGGAAGAAGAGGGUGGCCAGGGAGGAAAGCAACGAAGAAGAAUCUGCGGAUGUGAAGGGGAAGGGGAAGAAGAGGGCGACUAGGGAUGAAAGUGACGAAGGCAGAGUCCACGGUUACAAAGGAGGAACCAAGGCGGAAAGUCCGAGCUUCAAACUUCAAAGACAAGAUGAUCCAUCAAUGGUAAAAUUGAGGACGAGAUUCUUGAUGAUCUUCAUCACAAGAACAUGGCGAAGCAAUCAUCGGGCACCAGGUAUUGUCCCAUGGCGACAUGAGAAGCACAGUGCACAGAAACAUCAAGCGGUAUGUCGCCCAUCUCCGGACAAUUCCUUACGCCCCGCGCAACCACCACAGAGAAACGCGACUCCGGGCCCAUCAAAACCCCGUGAUGUUUGGACGGUCGUUACGCUUGCCGAAUACCCAUCUCCUUCACACCAAGCGCCGCCGCCAAGGACUACACGCCGCCGACGCACACGCAAAACUUGA